CAAAACAAAACAGAACAUGCUUCCUUAAUGCACUUCUCUCUCUCUCCAUUUUCUACUCUCCACUCUAUUCUACUAGUAUUUUACAACUUCCAUCAUUACAAUACUUUCCAAAACUUCGAACAUUUUUCAACCUUCUCAUUCUCUCAUGGAGGAUCAUAAUCAUCCUUUCCUAUAUUUCCCAUUUCUUCUCCUUCACCAACUCCUUCGCAACCUCAAAAGAUAUUUCCUUUCCAUUCUCUUCACUCUACCAUCAUCUUUCUUUGCUCUUCUUCUUCUCUUUCUCUUAACUUACAAUGCUUUCUCAGUUUUCUCCAUUCACAUUCCUCAUUCCCCCAAAAAACCUCUAUUUCUUCCUCCACCAUCACACACCAAACCAAAACUUUCUUCUUCUGUGUUUUUAGCACUCAAAGAAGAUAAUUCACCAACCAUCAACAAAACCCAUUUCACUCUUCUCCAUAAACUUCCCAUUCACAAAUCCAAAAGGGUUAAAAAACACAAACGUGGCUUAACAGGCUUCCACAUUGAAACACAUUCCUCACUUUUCCACACAAAAAUCAAUACUUUUUUCAAUGGAAACUCUUCUUUUUCUUCUUCUUGUUCUUGCAAGUUUAGAUUUUUUAUGACUUGGAUUUCACCCUUGAAAGCAUUUGGUGAGAGAGAGUUGUUAUCAGUUGAAAGUUUGUUCAAGUCACACCCAAAAGCUUGUUUGGUCAUAGUUUCAAAAUCAAUGGAUUCUGAAAAAGGAACUGAGAUUUUAACACCCUUUGUGAAAAAUGGCUUUAGAGUCAUUGCCAUUGCACCUGAUUUCAACUAUAUCUUCAAAAACACUCUUGCUGAAUCUUGGUUUAAUCGGUUAAAAGAAGGGAAUGUGAAUCCUGGUGAAGUUUCUUUAGGCCAAAACCUCUCAAAUUUACUAAGACUUUCUCUUUUGUAUAAAUUUGGAGGCAUUUAUAUAGAUGCUGAUGUUAUGAUCUUGAAGAGUUUUUCUAACUUCAGAAACACUAUUGGAGCACAGAACAUUGAUGUCAAAACAAAUAAAUGGAACCGUUUGAACAAUGCCGUAUUAAUAUUUGACAAAAACCACCCUUUACUUUUCAAGUUCAUUGAGGAAUUUGCACUAACUUUUGAUGGUAACAAGUGGGGGCAUAAUGGUCCUUAUUUAAUAUCUAGAGUGGUUUCUAGAGUGAGUGGAAGAGAAGGGUUUAAUAAUUUCAGUGUGGUUCCACCUUCUGCCUUUUAUCCUGUGGAUUGGAGAGGUAUAAGGAGUUUGUUUAUAGGGCCUAGAGAUGAGGUUCAUUCAAAAUGGUUGGUUAAGAAGAUGAAGCAAAUUCAUGAAGAAAGUUUUGCAGUGCAUCUUUGGAAUAGGCAAAGUAGGAAGUUAAAGGUGGUCAAAGGAAGUAUUGUUGAUAGCAUCAUAUCUAGCUGUUGCAUCUUCUGCAACAUGACUUAGCUUUUUAAUUAAGUUUGUAAUUUUAGUCACUUAGAAUUUACAUGUUUUAGAUUUAAAGAAUGAUUGUGUGUUGCAACUUUUAAGUGGUCGUGAAACAACUGUGUAUUGGUAGAAAAUAAUAUAUUAGAAUAUAGAUGGUUAAAGUUGGUCAAUUAUAGAACUAGACUAGAAAAUAAGGAGUCAGUGUGCAUUUUUCUGUCUUUGAAUUAUAAGCUUUUUCUUAUAUUUGAAUGAUAAGGAAAUGCGAUGUG